AUGGAUAUUUGUAUCGGUAUAGAUAUUGGGACUCAAAAUUCAUGUAUUGCCUUACCGUGGAAGAGCACUAUCGAUUUUGUGGAAAAUCACCGCGGCAGCAAACAGACCCCAACAUGUGUCGGCUUUGAGGAUGGCCUCAGAAUUUACGGUGACGAUGCCCUGGAUCAGAAGGAAGUCAAUAUCAAAGAAACAAUCGAUAACUUCACUGCGUUUAUUGGUCGAGAUGUUGACGAACAAAUGCGAGAAUUUUGUGAUAGUUGUUCGUAUGAUCUUGAUCUAUCCGAAAGGGGGAAGGUGAAAAUAAAGGUGAAACAUUCUGGUCAGGACUACUUGUUCAAACCGGAACAACUUCUAGCAAUGCAUUUAUCGAAUCUGUGCAAAAUAGCCAGUGAAUACAGCUCCCGUGAUGUGAACAGAGUUGUUCUCAGUGUGCCUGUGUUCUAUUCGGCUGAACAACGUGGUGCUCUGCUUGACGCAUGCGAAAUUGCCAAUAUACAAUGCGAGGCUCUUGUGAAUGAGACGACUGCAGUGGCCGUGUGGUACUAUCUAUUCAGCUCGCAAAUCCCGACUUCGAAUGAACUAACUCGUCGUGUGGUCUUUGUGAAUGUGGGACACAUGCACACUCAGGUUGCGGUGUUUGCUUUCACUCAUAGCACGAUAGAAUUGGUAUGCACUGAGUCCGAUUCGAAUUUGGGCGGUUGGCAUUUUGAUCAAAUUAUUUACAAUCAGUUGAAGACAGAAUAUUGUGAGAAAUAUAUGGUUAAUCAGGUUGAUCCGAAGUCCUAUACGGCUGUACAUCUGAGGAGUCAAUGCGCUGAGGUGAAGUCCCGAUUGUGUUGGAGUCCGAACGAUGUGUCAGUGCAUGUUGAUGGACUGCCGGAUGGACAUGUACUGAGCACGGUUGUACGACAAGCUACUUUUGAGGAAUCCAGCAAAGAUCUGUUGGAACGGUUUCGCGAAUUGUUCCAGCGAUGUUUAAAUUCGUCUGGGCUGGGAAGAGAACAGCUGGAUGCAGUUGAAAUGGUUGGUAGUGGGUUCCGUCUACCUUCCAUCAAGCGUGUGACAGAAGAAGUUUUUGGUUUGAAAUGUGGAGUGUCGAUUCAUGAGAAGGAAUCCGUGGCCGGUGGAUGUGCUAUUUAUGUGAGCAGCGCUUUUCUAAUAAAGAAUGGUGAAGAAUUUUUGUAUCUAUUCACACCGGUUGGUAAUUGUUAG